ACUAACUUGAAGAAAUCGUUAGAAAUCUCGACCCCUGAAUUCCCAUACCUGAACUCGGGAAGUCUUCGUACCUGCAAGAUCGGACCUUCGCAGACCUUGCCUCUGCAAUUGUUAGGGCUGUAACUAAGAGCUCUUUGUAGGUUCCCCUUGUUGCCUCUGGAGCACCUGAAACAGAAAUUUGGUGCUGAUUUCGAAAAGCAGCGAUGGGAUUGACCAAUUUCGUGCUCACGGUUGCGGGAGUCAGUGCUGUCAUUCUACUCCUGAGGAGUGAUGUCAAGCAGUCCGCUGCAAUCUUAAGGCGCAAUGUGAAGCAUAUCCGCAGCUGGCUUGAGGAAGAAACCGUUGCCUCUAAGGCUGCAGAGGAUGCAAAGCCUAAGCUUGAACCAAAAGGUCCGCAGAAAGAAAUUCUGAAAGAGGACAAACAAUAGUGUUUGUAUCUUGGGCAUCUGGACUGAGUUAUGAGAGUUUCUUCUCCCUCUCUCUUGAUGAGUACAUUAGCCAAAAUAAGUCCAAAGUUGAAUCAAACACUACCAAUAAUGAAGUCUUUGGGAUCUUGACUUGUUAACAGAGUGGGCUCUCGAAAGUAAGGGUUCCAUCAUCCAUGGACUAUGUGGGAAUGGUCUUGUGAGUGAACCUCUUUAAACAUGAUUGCUUAAACUAGUUUCCACCUAAACA